AUGAUGUGCAAGGCAGGCGGCAACCGCCCUGUUAGUCUGGCAGCGGAUGCUUCUCAUGGGGAUCAGGUUGAUAUGGGCCGAGAUGAUGGGGCUGGGGAAUUACCUCGCGCUGUUCCCAGAGUUACUAGGGACGCUGGCCAAGUGGGGCGUCCUCCCAAGCCCGCCAUGAAGCCUGUGAAGGCUAGGCUGUCCGGUCGGGCACGCAGACCUGCCAAAAGUCCAAUGGUGGAGGCAUCCGAAGCUGACCCUAUCCAGGGAGCGCGGUUGCCAGAUGAUGCGGGGGUGGACGUGGAAGAAAAUGGCGCGGCCGAUUCUACAUGUUUGCAUUCCCCCCGUGGGCCUGAUGGUCACCUAGAAUUGGAUGAGGCCCUGUCGGAGGAGGAUCCCCUGUGCUCAAAGGCAAGCUGCGGAGGCUUGCUAAGUCGUCUAGGGUGGGCAAGGUGGUGA